AUGCUUCGAUGCCGUAAUCUGUUCGAAGUCUACACCGAUAUAUGGUUCGUGUACAAAAUCGCUUUCAUCUACGCGAUGGUCUGUCUGGAACUCGACGACACGCCCACAAGUAUCGCACGUAGGGACGUGACAGCAUUCUUCAGCCCACAGGACUGCGUCAACUUUCUACGUUUUACGCAAUCGCAAGUUAUGCUGAUGCUGGAUCUGCUGUUGAUCCCCGCGUUCAUCCGAACUGACUGUGGGUUCGUGGUAAGCGGACGUGAGGCUCUGUGCGUGCUCUUGUAUCGGCUCGCUUUCCCAUGCCGCCUGAAGGACAUGCGCUUGGUUUUCGGGAUGAGUGAAUCGUGUAUCUGCGAAGUCUUCAACUGGAUGUUGCAUUUUCUAGACUUCAGGUGGGGGUAUCUGCUGUCCCUCGACGUGGCACGCCUGCAGCCGCACCUGAUCGAGUUUGCGGAAGCAAUCUUCAACUCCGGCUGUCCUCUCACUCACUGUUGGGGAUUUAUCGAUGGCACCGUGCGUGGCAUUGCAAGGCCCAAGCACUGGCAGCGACUGUUGUACAAUGGGCACAAGAGGAAGCACGCCAUGAAGUUCCAAGGAGUAAUUACACCAGAUGGGCUAUUUGUGGAUCUGUGGGGCCCCGUGGCGGGGACACGUCAUUACAGCUUUAUUCUAGCGCAGUCUGGGUUGAUGGAGAAGAUGUCGGUGCUAAACAGCCCUACAAGCCAUCCGUACUGUUUGUGUGGAGAUCCGGCGUAUGGACUAAGCAACCACCUUGUCUGUCCUUUUAGCGCGUCAAGUGUCGGCCCUCUAACGCCAGAGAUGGCCGACUUCAACAAGCGUAUGAGCCACUGCCGCGUAACGGUGGAGUGGUGAUUCAAAGAGAUGACCGGCAAGUGGGUCUUUGUGAACAUGAAGCCGCAGCAGGCAUUCUUGCUAAGCCCUGUCGCCAAGCAGUACCGGGUAGCCACUUUGCUUUCUAACUGGCACUCAUGCAUGAACGGGGGCAACGAGAUCUCGCAAUACUUUGGCGUGGUGCCACCCACUUUGGAGAAGUACGUAGCGGUGUAAGUGCAAGAUGCACCCACGUUGUGUGAGAACUCUAGGCAUCUUCGGUGUUCCAGGCGUAAACCAAGACAAAUAGCCGUUUGCUGGCGUGAGCAAGUCGCGCACGAUAGACUUUCCAAUUGUAUGUGAGAAUCGAAUGAUCAGCGCCAAAAUUAUUUUUUCUCCUUGUCGUUUAGGUGGGCAAACGCGGGCGAUGCAGAGGGCAAGCACGGACGGUGUAUGUAUAUCGUACGGGUGUAUAAGCGUUGCGUAACAAUCGGAUGCCGCGAUUUUUGGGGACAGUUGGUUUGGAGGGUUUGAAUGGUUAACUUCCUGGGAGAAAUUGUAUGGUGCGAAGAAGUCGUCUCCUCCUUGCUGGUCAUUUAUUAUGUGGGCAAACGCGAGCGGAUGCAUAGGGGAAGUACGGAAUGUAUCGUGCGGGUGAAGCACUGCGCAAAAGACAGACGCCACUUGUUGAAUGCCAGUUUCAUUUUUCAAUUGUUCCUCCUGAUAAAACACUCCCCAGAACAGGCAAGCCUCCCCCGAAAAAAACGCGCC